AUGGGAUUACUGCUGAAGUUGGCCCUGCUGGUGGUCGCUGCUUCGGCUUUCAAGCGGGGACCAGCUCAACGCCAGCGCCGCGACACCAGCACCUUCUGCGGCGUGGCCGACCUCAACACGCUGUUGAUGGAUGAUUGCCCAAACGCAUCGUCCCUUCCCCUUCCCGGUCUCACCGGCACCUGCCAGACCGGAACUGAUCUCCUCGCGUCUGAGGAUGACAACUGGUCAAUCGCCUGCACGGCGCCCGACUCACGAUUGGUCAUCUACGGGCCGUCGUGGAGCAACAGCACGAAUGGAUACACCUACGCGGACUACCUCUACUGCAACGACGAUGGAACCUCCAUUGCGGCCACCGUUGACAACUGGAGGAUCACCACCAAGUUUGUGCCCGGACGGGACCAUGUCGCCUGCUACACGAGCGCUGCCGCCCAGGACGAGGCUCUAUUCCACCAGUCUACUUGCGACGCCAGCCGUUUUUCCCUGAUGCAGAACUGGACAACGUGCCCCGACUUCAGCACGAUGGACUGGUACUACCCGAAGACCGCCACCACGGUAGCUAUCAACGCGACGGAAGCAGCAAGGCUGCAAACGUCCUGCCAGACGAACUACUUGACCUCCUACUACUACCCGCGCCAGACCAUCACCGCUUUCCCGUAUGCCAGCUACUUCUGUGCUCCCGGAGGCACGUUCCUGAUUCGCGACAACCACGUGAUCCCGCUCCGCCUCAUCCUCUGCGAGUCGACCCAUUGGACCGCUGUGACGAACGACAACAUCCGGUUCACCAUCAACGCCACCACCGAUUCCAUCUUCUGCACAUUGCCCAGCGAGAUAGUCAGAAAGCCGAUAACCUGCCACGACGUCAUUCCCACCGCCGCGUGCCCUUCCAACGUCACUGAGUACACCUCGGAUCUUAUGAGAAUCCCGUACUCGUUGCCCGGCCUCGUCCCCACCAGCCCGGACUGCCUUCAGAAUUACACCAUCUGGACUUACGAUGUCAACAACGGCGUUGCGGACCCACCACAAGCUUUCCUGAUCCGCUGCUACCAACCCGGCACUGACCUCAACAGCCCGACCCGCGCCAGCUCGCGCAUGUUGAUCCUCGUCGAAGAUCAGGGAAAGUAUCACCUGACACGCACCCUCGGAUGUGGACCGAACAAAUUCACCAUGGACGAGCAGUACACCGUCGGCAUCUCGCCCGAAGCCAGGUUCACGUGCGUCGACUCGCUGACCGCGUACGACGCCAUGAUGACGGCCAACGGCUACGAUCCCUCCACCUGGGACUGGAACGCU